CGCGCACGUCUAAAAAGAAGAAGAGAGCGGUGCUGAAUUAUUCGAUUCUUCUCUUUUCAUGGUCUGAGGAGAUUCACUUUUACUUCGCAUACAGAGUUUUUGUUUACCAGUGAUCAAGAGGGAAAUAACUAAAGAGUGGAUGCAAAGAAUGUGAGAAUAUCCAUUAAGAUGGCAUCUCAUAACCAUUCCAGCUCCCUUUUGCCUUCCUGCACCUACAAGGAGGACUUCAAGCGCUACCUUCUCCCGUCCGUCUACAGCCUAGUCUUCAUCUUUGGACUGCCGCUCAAUUUCAUCAUCAUCCUGCGGAUCUGGGGCUCACGGCGCGCACUGACGCGGACUAAGAUCUACAUGCUGAAUCUAGCUGUGGCGGAUUUUCUAUACGUCUGCUCCCUUCCGCUUCUCAUAUACAACUACGCCAGCAAAGACUACUGGCCGUUCGGCGACUUCACCUGCCGUUUGGUUCGCUUUCAGUUCUACAGCAACCUGCACGGAAGCAUCUUCUUCCUUACCUGCAUCAGCUUUCAGCGUUACCUGGGCAUAUGCCAUCCGUUGACGCUGUGGCCUAAACAGGGCGGACGCAGGCUGGCCUGGUUGGUCUGUGCUGGUGUUUGGGUUACUGUCGUCCUGCUCUGCGCCCCCACGUUUGAGUUUGCCGCCACCGGCAUCCAGCGCAACCGCACGGUGUGCUACGACCUAAGCAUUCCCCCUCGUGCACCUGAAUACUUCCCGUAUGGCAUCAUCUUGACCUGCCUGGGCUUCAUCGUGCCCUUUCUGGUGAUUGUGGUGCUGUACUGCAAAAUGACGCGGGUUCUCUGGCAGGUCGGCGAAGCCCGAGAAGCCUCGGCUGUGGAGAAGAAGAAUAAAGCCAUCAGGAUGAUCAUCAUUGUAACGCUGGUGUUCGCCAUCAGCUUUUUGCCGUUCCACGUGACAAAGACGCUUUACCUGCUGGUGAGGACCCUUCCUACGGCCCCCUGCGAGCUGAGGAACCUGCUGUCUGUGGUGUACAAAAGCACAAGACCCUUUGCCAGCAUGAACAGUGUUCUGGACCCCAUUCUGUUCUACUUCACCCAGCCGCAGUACAGGCGCAGCACCAGAAGCCUGCUGCUCAAAAUCACCUCGCUGAAAGACAAGAGUGUCAAAAUCUGACUAGAAAACACCUGGUUUUGUCUAAAAUUACUGUAUAUUAAAAGGUUAGUUCACCCAAAAAUGAAAAUUCGUUCAUUAAUUACUCACCCUCAUGUCGUUCCACACCCGUAAGACUUUUGUUCAUCUUUGUAACACAAAUUAAGAUCUUUUUAGUGAAAUCUUAGAGCUUUCUUUCCCUCCAUUGACAGCCUACGCAACUACCAAUUUCAAUCCCCAGAAAGGUAUUAAAGACAUCAUAAAAGUAAUCCAUGUGACACCAAUGGUUCAGCUCAAUUUUAUGAAGUGACACAAGAGCUUUGUUUGUGCAAAAAAACAUAAUUUAUGACUUUAUUUACAAAAUAUUAACCUCUACACAUGGGUGUUUUGCGUUAAUGUGCGUCGAAGAUUAAUACUUUGUAAAUAAAGUGGUAAAUUACGUUUUUUUUUCCCCUGCAAAAAAACCACUCGCUUUGCUUCAAAUUGAGGUUAAACCAUUGGUGUCACGUAGAUUACUUUAAUGAUGUCUUUACUACCUUUCUGGGGCUUGAAAGUAGCACAGUAGUUGCGUAGGCUGUCAAUGGAGGGACAGAAAGCUUUCAGAUUUCAUUAAAAAGAUCUUCAUUUGUGUUCUGAAGAUAAACAAAUGUCUUACGGGUUUGGAAUGACAUGAGGGUGAGUAAUUAAUGACAGAAAUUUAAUUUUUUUUGGGUGAACUAACCCUUUAAUGCAAGACAUUACAGCCAAAUACAUUGUUUUUCAUACAUUGGACCAUUUUGAGAUUUUAGGCUAUUUUGCUUCCAUAACUUUUCUUCUUUCAGACUAGUCAAAAGAACAUCCAAAAUACACAUUUAAAUGUUUAUUUUAAUACUAUUUACAUUAGUAGAUUUACAAAUACAUUUCUUUAAAAUAUGUAUUUACAAAUACAUAUCUUUUUUUUAGUUUUUUCUCCUGAACUGAAUCAGAAAUCUCCACUUCAGCAGCUUUACAGUUUUGUUCCUAUCUAUAUUCUAAUUUUACAGACUAGUUUGUUCAUAUCAUUUGCCUGAUUUAUAUAACAUUUUAUUCUUAAUAACAUUUCUUUUUUCUAACUGUUGGCAGUAUUUUCUGAUUUAUGGAGAGGAGAUAUCCAAAAUAUCCUUUGUCAACCAAAUGAAUCAAGAAUUUUAAAUCUGGCUUUAUCCAUUGUUCAGAUUUCAGUUUUGGAAAUGUACACAAAAGAGUGCAUUUUUAAAAAGAUAAGGCAUCAUUUGCAUAUUUAAACAACAUUUCAGAAAACUUGAAAUACAAAAUUUCAUGUCUUUAUGUACUGUGAUUAAUUACCUGGAGGAGUAUGGUGAUAUCUAUUAGUUAAACAAUUAUUUACCUGUGGUGUCUUGCGUUAAGAUAGACUAAGCAGGUUUUGUGGUGUCGAAACAAAACAAAAAAAUGUCGAUAUUUAUAUACAAAACAUACAAAGCGUUUAGAACCUCUACUGUGAAAGUGUUGCAUGAUUGUUGAAGGAAGUGACACUUUUGAUUGAUUCAGUGUUGCGAAAAAUCAUUUAUGAUGAUUGGAACAUCAUACAUCACCCAUUGGACAUUUGCAUUUGCUUUGAGUUAGGGAACAGCCCACCAAAGCAUGUGCCAGUCUUGGCAGGUUACUAGUGGAGCUGUGAGCUCGUAUCUGAGGGGUUUGAACCCUGUGAAUGGCAGCUGAAUGAGAGGACUAGUUUGGUUGAUCCAGUCAAGAUCAGCUGAUCUCUCCUUACAUGUGAAAAGUGAAAGGUGCAUUUUAUGAACAUUUUAUGAGGACAAUAAGAUAUAAGAAAAGAUGUAAUUGCUGAUAUAAGGAUUAUAGAGCUGAGAAAUCAGAAAUGUUUUUAAGCAAAGAGGAUUUUGAGUGCAACUUAACAAAAUAAUUGUUAAUAAUGAAGUUGCAUUAGUGGAGAAAGAAAAAAAGCAUUUGUUUAAAAAUGCAAGAAAUCACCCAUUUAUUAUUCUUAUUAAGAAUUAAGUGUGUGUGUGUGUGUGGUACCGUUCAAAAGUUUGGGGUAAUUUUUUUUUUAAACAAAUUAAUACUUUAAUUCAGCAAGGAUGCAUCCUGAAAAUAAUGUUUCCACAAAAAAUAUCAAGAAUCACAACUGUUUUCAGCACUGACAAUAAUCAUAAUGUUUCUUGAGCAGCAAAUCAGCAUAUUAGAAUGAUUUCUGAAGGAUCAUGUGACUGAAGACUGGAGUAAUGAUGCUGAAAAUUCAGUUUUACCAUCACAGGAAUAAAUUACAUUUUAAAAUAUAUUCAAAUAGAAAAUAAGUCAUUUUAAAUUGUAACAGUAUUUCGCAAUAUUACUGUUUUUACUGUAUUUUUGAUCAAAUAAAUGCAGCCUUGAUGAGUAUAACAGACUUCUUUCAAAAAUACUUAAAAUUCUCAGUGGCCCUAAACUUCUGAAUGGUACUGUAUAUACAUAGGUGCGUGACACCCCCUUUGAAACAGUGAUGUGUGGAAUUAUGGAUGAGAAAUAGACACGAAUAGAAGCAUUUGGAAUGGAAAGAAAAACACCAUCUGUUUAACAUACUACAUCUGCUGCACAUUAUCUGAAGGACGAUCAUUAUCAGAUGUUUGAUGGUUUAAUAACACGUUGUACAGAUCAACAUCCUUAUGAAGUGACGUCUUGUCCUAUUAGAGAAGGAUCUAGUGUUAACAACAACACAUGUACAGUGCUGUGCUACUUUACUGUCAUUGUAUGUUGUGUUUGCAUGCAGUUUAAUCGCAGCUGUAGACCUCAAAUGAGUUGAAGUCUUUAAAUUGAAGCUUCAACGUGACCAAAAUCUACAAAACCUUAUCAAUACCAUCAAGAUAAAAAGCUAGAGAGCAUCAACACGGUAUAUUUGAAUGUGUUUGGCCAGUAUUAUGUUUGUGAAUUUUUUAUGAAUUUUGUCUUGUAUAAAAUCUAUAUAUCUGAUAUAUCUGAAGGGCAAAGAAGAAACUUUUCCAUCAAUGUGCAUGAACAUGAAGCAAAAUAAAAUAAAUUUGUUUAAAGUGGAAUACUAACAUAAUGCAUACUAUGCUGCAAUCACUGUAUACUACAUCCUGUGUUUUUAUUUAAUUUGUUUGUGAAACUAUAUGCAUUAUGCAGUGAUAAAUAUUUCAAACAGAAGUAUCCUACACAUGACCUUUCCAUGUUGAAUAUUUGAUUCAUCAAGUGGCAUUCAGUUAUCAAAAAAAUGGUUAUUUUGCAUUUUUGGGUGUUAAAUGCAUACAAACAAUUUGCAUACAGUAUACUAAUAGUGCAGAAAUAGUAGUAUAGUAUGCUAUUUUAAACAUAUAGGCUACACGGUUAACUAAUGAGCAACUUCAACUUACUUUGAAGCAACAAGCACUUCUGUCUCAGACAUUGUGAAUGGCCAGUAGGUGGUAUAUUUUACCAAGGCAAGAUUUUGUUGUUAAAGCAGAUGUGAUGUUUGCACAUUAAACUGGUCCUUUGCUUUCUGCUUAUAAAAGGUCAAGCCUUAUUUGAACAUUUACAGCGAGAAAGAAUUUAAAGUAAUUUUAUGAACAUGCAACUUUGGGGCAAAAUUUAUCACUUUGCCCAUAUAGUAAUGAUGAAAACAUACGUCACUGUUAUUCAAUAUACUUAAAGUCAUUCCAUCUGUGUCUAUAUUGUAGUACAUGCAUACAAAAUAUUUUUCAAGUAAGCAGUUAUUGAACACUUGUAUUGUCAAUGUUGUGCAAAUAUAAAAUGACAAUUAACAUUAUCUGACAAUUAAUGUUUGCUUUUGACAUUGAUUUAUUCAUAUCAAACACUUUGUGUAAAUAAUUUGUAGAAUCUCUAGAUGUACGAAAUAAGUAUAAUAUUAAAUGAAAAUAUUCAAAUCUAUGUCCUAAAUGUAAUUUAUGAUCAUUUAUGAAGUUUUUAAUGAAUGUUUUUGUUGUUGUUAUGUGUAAUUUGGAUUUGUCAAAUUUAAUUAAUUGCCCAUUGUGUUUUUAACCUGAUAUGUUGUUUGUCCAGUAAAGACAAAUCAAUAAACUUCCUGUCAUAUUACGCAACAUUCAGAUUCAAGAAAGACCUACCCAAAAAGUACUUAAGUUUCACUGUAAUAUGUGUAAACUGUAACUAUGUUGCACUGUAAUAUGUAUAAAUGUGAUUGCAUUACAUAAGAAAAAAACAAACCGGGCAUCUUAAUAAAAAAUUAUGUUUGAGCUUUUA